GUUCGUCACACAAUUUACGUUUCAAACACAAUGUACGUUUCGUACACAACUACAUUUUUAAGAAGAUAGUGGAUAAAGAUCACUGCAUCAUUUCCCUCCAUGUUGGCCGCUCGCCGCUUGCUCCCGCGUUCCCAAUCCGCAUUCCGCAGUCGCUUCUUCGCCUCCAGUAGUAUAGGCCAAAUGCAGAUUCUUGAGACCGUCGAUGUCUUUCGCCAGGCGCGGCGUGCACUUCCCCCGAACUCAACACUGGGCCUUGUACCCACCAUGGGGGGUCUCCAUGAGGGUCACAUGUCGUUAGUAAAGCAGGCGCGCAGUUCGUGCGACUUUGUGGCUGCCAGCAUCUUCGUGAAUCCGGCACAAUUCGGUCCAAAUGAAGACUAUUCCAAGUAUCCACGGACAUUUGAGAAGGACGUGGCGCUAUUGAAGGAGCAAGGUGUGGAUCUGGUCUUCUUCCCGUCGGCUGACGAGAUGUACUCGCCCUACCACAGUUGCUAUGUCGAUCCGGAAGGGUUUGACGAUCUGGUCGAGGGCCAAUGCCGCAAAGGCCACUUCCGUGGCGUCGCUACGGUCGUGACUAAGCUGUUCAACAUUGUGCAGCCCACACACGCGUUCUUCGGACAGAAAGAUGCGGCCCAAGUCGUGCUGAUCAAGCGCAUGGUCUCGGAUCUGAAUAUACCGGUACAGAUUGAGGUCAUGCCUAUCGUGCGUGAAGCCGACGGUCUGGCACUGUCGACGCGUAACCAGUACUUGUCGUCUGUGGAGCGCAAGGCGGCCAGUGUACUACACCGUGGGCUUGUGCAUGCGCAGGAUCUGUUUCAGAAGGCAAAGAAGGAUGGUAAGUCGAUAGUCGAUGCAGUGUCACUGCGUGAUGCUGUUCGUGAGGAAUACGAGCGGGAACCGCUGGUGACUGCCAUCGAGUAUGUGUCUGUGGGAUCCAAGCAAACGAUGCAGGAGAUGUCCGCAGUGGAUACGGCGGAGGGGGCUAUCGUUUCCGUCGCUGUCAAACUCGGCCAGUGCCGCCUGAUCGACAACAUUGUUCUGUAAUCCGACGAUACUGUGACCAGACCUAGAAAAACAUUUGCAACUAAAUAUGUUUUCAUGUAAGUGAUGACAGGGUCAGUUGCUUCGCUUCUUCGCAGUCCACGUCGUGUCUGAGUCCAGCGAGCGCUUGCGACCAUUGGUUACUGCUUUUGAGCUUGUCUGGUUCAACAUGUCUGCAUCCAACUCGCCCCAAUCGAUGUCGUCAAAAUUAUCAUCAAUCACGGCGUGGCUAGCGGUUUUCGAAGACGUCAGUGACGUCUUGCGUUUGGUCUUGUCUUGGAAAAAUGGGGACGACUUGGGCGCUGCAGGCGCUUGGACUACCUCGACACCGGAAUCCAACACUUCCAGGCUGUCUAACACGUUGCUGGAACGGGAUGCUUGCACAGGAGAUGGAGUUAGGUUGUUCUAUUGAAGCAAAAAAAGCAGUUAGUGGGAAAAUUUCAGCAAGCAUAGCGGUUGAACGAAAAAGGUUGGAGUGCUGGACCUUUUCGAGGUAGGUCUUGACGAUGUCAAUGAUCGCUGCACCAUACUUCUUCACGCGAAUGCGUCCGACGCCGUCAAUCUCCAGGAGCUCUGCAUUCGAUACGGGAACCGAAUUGGCAAUCGAGGCAAUACCUCCGGUCGUAAGGAUGUGGUAAGGCAUGACGUUCUGGCUGUCACACACGCUGGCACGCCAAUCCUUUAAUAUCUGGGCUAGUGUUUCGGCGUGGUCUUCAGGAAUUCUGCGGCGCAUACGAAGAUGAUUGACUCAGUGCGUGUAUAUCUACAACAGAAAGAACAGAGACGCACCUUCUUGAAGAAAUGCGCUCAGGGAUGAGCGGGUAUUCCGUUGUAGUCGCCGAAGGCGGGGCCACCUCCACGACAUCGUCAUCGUAGCCAUCGCUCAGUUCCUCAACCACGUUCUUCGCGCUCGCCUUUUUCUUCUUAAUAGUUUUACUAGGUUUCUUCGUCUUUUUGCUUGCAAUAGUUUUCUUUUGGGCC